AUGACAAUCAAAAUAGUCAAACACAUUUCACUUCCACUCCUUCGCCCAGUCUCUCACUUCACCGGUCUCUCCCGCCUCUGCCUCCGCCGUUCGAUGGCCACCGCGACGUCAUCCGACUCCACCGUGAGCCCAUCAAACACCCGGGUCGGGUGGAUCGGCACCGGCGUUAUGGGCCGGUCCAUGUGUACCCACCUCCUCAAAGCCGGCUACUCCCUCACUGUCUUCAACCGCACCCUCUCCAAGGCCCAGCCCCUCGUCGACCUCGGGGCCCACCUGGCCCACUCCCCAAACGCCGUCGCCUCCCAAUCCGACGUCGUCUUCUCCAUCGUCGGCUACCCUUCCGACGUCCGCUCCGUCCUCCUGGACCCCACCACCGGGGCCCUCUCGGGCCUCCGACCCGGCGGCAUCCUCGUGGACAUGACCACCUCCGAACCCUCCCUCGCCGUCGAGAUUUCCUCGGCCGCCGCCGCCAAAUCCUGCUUCUCAGUCGACGCUCCCGUCACUGGCGGCGACGUUGGCGCCAAAAACGGAACUCUGGCCAUCCUUGCCGGCGGGGACGAAAACGUUGUCCUCAAGCUGGCACCUUUAUUUGCUCUCAUGGGUAAAGUUAAUUACAUGGGUGGCAGUGGAAAAGGGCAGUUCGCGAAGCUAGCGAACCAGAUAGUCAUAGCUUCAACCAUGGUGGGUCUGGUGGAGGGCAUGGUAUUUGCUCACAAGGCUGGUCUCGAUGUGGGUCUGUUCUUAAAUGCGAUCAAAGUGGGUGCGGCUGGUUCAAAGUCGCUGGAUUUGUAUGGAGGUAGGAUUUUGAAGAGGGAUUUCGAGCCGGGAUUCUAUGUGAACCACUUUGUGAAGGACUUGGGCAUUUGCUUGAAGGAAUGCCAGAACAUGGGUUUGGCUUUGCCUGGAUUGGCUCUGGCUCAGCAGCUUUACUUGUCGUUGAAGGCUCAUGGGGAAGGCAAUUUGGGUACCCAGGCGCUUAUUGUGGCUCUGGAGCGCCUUAAUAAUGUUUCACUUGAAUCUGCCCCUGCAAAAUAA